CCCCCAUCCCCCGGCACACACUAAACAUGGGGGAGGAGGUACGUGGGGACACUAAAAGUCCCUCCUGUUUUAAACCCUUCUCAGGACUGGGAGGUCAUUAAUUUCGGCGAGCCUUUUCGGAGACGCUGACACGGCCAUCAAUCAAAUGUGUUGUUACCACCCGGGUGACCCUGAUCACCGCACCGCCACGCACAGACGGACCACACACACAUGCGUGCCUACGCACACACACACACACACACACCUCGUACGUAGGAAGAGGCCAACCCUGUGUUGCCAGCCUACUAGAGGGUCCUGAGUGGCCUUAGGGGGGGGGGGGCUUGGGGCUGAAUAAGGGAAUCCUCAGUCCAGAAGGCGUGGCAGACAUGUUUAACAAUGUCGAACAAUAUCGGAACAAUAUGGAACGGUGUCGUUGACGACGGGCGGGCUGGGGGGCUCGCACUAAUACUAAUACGAAUACGAAUUUGAAUUCCCCAUGUUUCUGAAUUUCUGAAUCCUAAGCUUUCAAUGCGAUCUAAUAAAAGAGGUGACAUCUUAUCAUUUGUAGCCUAACUUUGCAAGGUGGUUUCCUUUUUGUGAGUUGUAAGGAGGUCAUUUUUGAUGGAAUACUUGGAAUAAUAAAACAGAUUUGUUCACGGCUCGUGGCUCGUGGCUCAUGGCUCAUGGCUAAACCCCACUCCUAACCGUUCACAGCCUUCUCCUCCGCUCUCAUUAUGUGGGUUUUUCCGGCGUCUCUGUCGGCCUCGGAGGAACAAAAGCGUCUUGUUUCCGGGAUCGGAGUGCCGGCGUCGGCGAUGUGAAUGACCAUCGAGAGCACAAGCCAAAGCCCCCGUGACGGGGGGGGGGGACGGACGUGGGGGUGUCUGGUUGCCAUGUCUGUGAUGAUGUCACUUUGCCAAAACUGAAGCGAAACCAAAGAGAGUGGAUUUAAUGAGUUGAGCGAUGGCCGCCGUUAAUCUCUCCAGAAACCCGCCGUCGUCCCGCAACAUUUCUGCUUCAGUUUUUUUCUACAUCUGUGUCUUUUGUGUGCUGUCGGCCCAAUGGUGUGUUCUCAAAAGAUAUUUGUUCUUGAUAUUUUUUCUGAACAUGUUGUUGCUUUGUAAAAUGGACGAAGUAGGUGUUUUCACCCCCCAAGUUCCCAUAAAUGUGUGCGUCAUACCUUUUGUGUAGCACAAAGUGAGUGCCUAUCUGAAUAGAAAUUAAGAAACACAGAAAUGUAGCUUGUUUUGUAGCCGUUUGUUGUUGCUGUGUUUUGUAGCUUUCUGGGCGCCUGGAUUUGGGCGCUGGUGUGGGGGGGUGAGGGGGGGUGGGGGGGGUGUUAGGUGGGGUGGGUUUGUGUUAAGCUAGCGCUAAUUAGAUCAAUGCUAUCUGUUGCACUAUCCCGUUGCCUUCUGGAAUUAGCAUAAGAAAACACUUUUAUGGUCACUCCCUCCCUCCCUCCCUCCCUCACACAAAACUGACCCACUCGUUAAGUCUCUCUCUCUCUCUCUCUCUCUCUCUCUCUCUCUCUCUCUCUCUCUCGAAAGAUGGACAAUAAACAGUUGACAAACCCCACCACUCUUCAAUAAAAGCAGCAAAAGUUUACUUUACGCCAAACUAAGAACAGAAGAAAAGGAAUGGAAAAUAAAAUCAUUAUCAGUGAUAGUAAACUGAAAAGCCAAACCCCAAUUAGUUGUGACUAAACAGACACACACACAUCUGGGAUAAUAUCAAAUGCACACCACCAUGCGUGUUUGUGUUCAUAUAGGAAAAAGGAAUUACAACAAGUGGUUAUGUGUUUUAGAUCCAACAACGGAUAUGAAGACAUUGGUCCGUGAACCAGGACAAGAUCUAGCCACAACCCGCCUAGAUGACCCAAAACCCAGACAUCAUGUUUAGAACAAUCUAUCAACAGUCUAACAAUGGCCUGAUUCGCCUUAAGGUCAACAUAUCUUUAACCAUGUCGGGCCAUUGUCUCCAAACUUCCUCCGCCUUUUAAUUGAACCGCUCGGGGCCCGGGACUUUCUGGUUAAAUGGACUGUUCAUUAUUGAGAGGUAUUUUACUGCGAGCUGUGAGGUGAACUUUAAUGAAUCCCUGGCACAAAGCGCCCCUUUCACCACCCCGCAAGAAUGGAGAGCCAUUUAGAGGCUGCAGGGCUUUAUGUCAAAGGCAGACCAUAAUAGUCAUCAGGCCAGGGCAGAAGUUCCCACUAGCCCUGGGAAUGCACCAGAAAUAAACUUGGUGGACUGGCCUGAAGAUUAGAACGAGACAGGGAGUGGGUUCUGCUUCGUAACGUCGGCGGGGAAUCUGUUGGGGGGGCUGAGAGAUUUUCACACAGAAGAAGAAGAAGAAGAAGCGCUUGUUGUUACUGUACAUCCCAGGCCCGCUCGCCCCGCGGGCCGGGGUUUAGCUGUGUUAAUGGAAUAUUAAUGAGUUGAGACCCGAGCACUGGUUGACGGGCCGAGCGAGUUGUUUCUGGAUGGGAAGAUUUAAUGGUUGACCGUUUUCAGGGCUUUCUGAGCAGAGGCGAAUCAUUCGAGAAAAUAAGCGUUGUGAGUUUAUUCCAAUUCAUCAAACGGAGUCUCGGCAUGUUUACUCCGUUUUGUAGCUCCUUUUUUCUCCACUUUACGUUUUUAUCAAACCGCUUUUCAAAUAAUGUUGAAAAUAACAGAUGUUCAGGAAGAGCUGGUUUUGAAGGGUUUUAACGUUGGGGUUUAUCCAGCCAGGGUUUUACAAUAAUAUCCCCUAAAGCUCGGUGCUUUGGUUCAGAGGACACGUGAACCUCUAGUAUCACAUCUCUACGCUCCCUUGCCGUGGCCAUUGUCUUUCACCCAGCAGGGAACAUCACAGAAAUCCCUUCUUGGUUUGCAGGUGGUCGGAUGGCAGCAAAGAGUUAAAUCCCCUUGGGCCGUGUGCCCCCCAAAACCCCCACCUCUCCACCCCUCCUCCUCCUCCCUUCUUUUGGAUGUUGUGAUGUCACAAGUCCCUCCCCUCGGCUCAGCCCUCCUCCUGUUGCUUGCCUCUGUGUGCAACAGUUCCUCUCCGGACUGUUUACGGGGGACUUCCAUGACGGCGACCGGAGCUGCCGUUGAGUGAGAGUGUGGCCGUGUGUGUUUUUUUAGUUUACCAGGGACAAGAGUUGGUCUAAGGAAGCUGCUUCAAGGGCGGACGAUGCAAUGAAGGGUGAGGUCUGAGUCCGUCUCGUUGGUGUUUCUGAUCCGACGGGAAGGGGGGGUGGAAUCUGGGCAGAUGCCUGUGAGCUCCGCAGCGUGAUGGCUGUCAUGAACCCCCAGUUCAUGAGUUUCUGCUUCCCGGGUGGAGGCGCGGCGGCGGAGUACAGCCCGGAUCCAGGGGGUCUGGACGGCGUUCUCCAUGCUGAGCUGGAGCAGCAGCAGCAGCAGAACCACCACCACCAACACCACCACCACCACCACCAGGACCUCCACCAGCACCACGACCGCCACCACCAUGACCACCACCAGCACCACCAGCAGCCGCAGCAGCACCAACCCCACCAGGAGGAGGACGAGGAGGGCGGCGGGUACCGUGAGACCACCCGGGACCUGCUGAGCUUCAUCGACUCGGCCUCCAGCAACAUCAAGUUGGCUCUGGACAAGCCCGUCAAGUCCAAGCGGAAGGUGAACCACCGGAAGUACCUCCAGAAGCAGAUCAAGAGGUGCACCGGCGUCCUCAGCCCCACCGCCAACGUCGACCCGCAGCCGGGGAAGACCCCGCUGACGACCUGCUCCCCGCCGACGCCCCCUCUGGCCCCCGCAGGGGGGCUCCAGGGCAGCCCGCCGCCGCCGCCCUGCCCCGUGCAGGGGAAGGCCCUUCCCAAGCGGGGGGGGGUGGACAACGGCGGCGGCGUCCAGGCCAGCCUGCAGAGCAAGAGCCUGGCGGCGCUCUUCAACCCGGGCCAGGACGCCCGCGGCGAGGGCAAGGCCAACCGGAAGCCCCCGCUGCGCCACCGCAACCUGCCCCCGUCCUUCUUCACCGAGCCGGCCGGCCGGCACGGGGGGCCGGCGUGCUCCACGUCGGGCGUGACCCUCGGGGAGCUGGAGCGCGGGGACCCCGACGCGGCCGAGUUCUUCGAGCUGCUGGGGCCGGACUACAGCAACAUGGCGGCGGCGGCGGCGGCGGCGGCGGCAGCGGCGUCGGAGCACGGGGAGCUGUUCCAGAACCUGCCCCCGGCGGAGCUGGCCCUGAGCUCGGAGGCCGGGGGGCCGUUCGACGCGCACCACGGGCUGGGGGGGCUGUUGUACCCGGAGCCGUGGGGCGGAUGUACGGCGGCGGAGUUCAGGAAGGGAGGAGGGGGAGGAGGGGGACAUGGAGGGGCUGGGGGGGGGCAGCCUCCGCUGUACAGUCUGGGGGACGGCGUGUGCGGGGACGUGGAGGAGGGCUCCCUGUGUGGCUUGGCGUUCCCCAACUUCUUCUCAGACUCUGCGGGCGCGACCCUGUCCUACGACCUGGGCGGGGGAGGGGGCUACGGAAGAGCCCACUUCUCCUCUCUAUGAGACCUGGAGAGUGUGUGUGUGUGUGUGUGUGUGUGUGUGUGUGUGUGUGUGUGUGUGUGUGUGUGUGUGUGUGUGUGUGUGUGUGUGUGUGUGUGUGUGUGUGUGUGUGUGUGUGUGUGUGUGUGUGUGCGUGCGUUGGUUUCACAUCUCUAUUAACGUAUGGAGUUUUGUGUGUGUGAUGGUUUCCUAUCUAUAUAUGGACAUCUCUUUAAACGUGUGUGUGUGUGUGUGUGCAUGAGUGUGUAUUGGUUGUGUGUGUAUGUUGGUUUCACAUCUCUAUGGACAUCUCUAUAAACAUGGAGUUGAGUGUGGGUGCGUGCACGUGUGUGUAUGUACUGUUGUUGAGUAUGUGUGCGUGUGCUGUGCGUUUGUUUCAGUGUCGAUGAACUUUGACCUUGUGGUGUAGCGUGUGACACGUUGACCUGUCUCCGAAAGUGAGCCACAAGUUUUUAAUCUGGUGUAAAUUAAUGAAUUUUAUAUCAUCCUUUUCUUUCAACACUGUUAUGUAUUUUGGUAUUUUGCUAAAAAAUAAGUUUCGUACACUUCAAGAGCCUAGAGAUAUCGUUAGAACUUUUGUUUUAAACGGGUUAAAAUGUUAUUCCAUGAAUAUUAUAUCUUUCAAAACAUAAAAUACAGGGAUUUCUAAUAACUGUGUGGAUGUGUGCGUGUGUGUGUUUGUUUAAUGUGUGUGUAAUGCGUCUGUGUUUGAGUGUAAUGCGUGUGUUUGUGUGUGUGUGUGUGUGUGAGAGAGUGACAUCACACUUACAGAUCCGUGAUGAUUGCGGACUGAUUUAAUUGGACAGAUAAGCCUUGAUUACGGACCGAGAAUGUAUUAACCGAGCGAGUUGUUUAGCAGAGAAUGUGCUUCUAGUUUUAACAAGAUGGAGAAAUAAAGCUGGUCUUUAUUCUGA